GUCGUUGUCGACUGGUUAAUGUUCACUUUCAAGAUUUGUUCUCCGCCGGUACAUAUGUGCGAACAUGACGUUGUUGUGUGCUACAUUUCUAUAUGCCGAUACGGCUGCUGGUGUCCGACGAGAAUGAUAACAGUGUAAACUUUGAUGAUCAAUCGUGUUCGAGGCCUUUCAGUGCACAUUGUGCGUUAAUGGUAACGAUCAUAAAAAGUAUCGCAUGCUUGGUUUGAAGAUCGAGGCCGAUGUAAGUGCGCGUGACAACAAGUGUAUAGUACCAACAAACGGUAACAAACAACUUUGCUGGACCGACCACUGCACAGAUUAGAUUACUCGCAUCCGAACGGGGUACAUGGAUUAACGGCUUGUAACUCAACUCACUUGUUUACUCGCAUGGACCACUGAGAGAUGUGGCGAAAAAGGAAGAAGUGCGAAUUAUAAAUUUAAUUUUGACUAUUGUUGAAAUGUUUCUUUUUCAUAAUUAUAAUGCAAAUUGCAUAUAAUACUGCAAUGAAGAUGACGAUUGCUAUUUCAUCAUUGAAUUGAUAUAUUGUAAGAUCAAACCUUUAUGUAUGACCAUCUGCAACCUGCAAUGCAAAGGUGUCAAACUCGCCGCUAACUAUGGGCUUUGGAGUGUGAAAUAAUUGAAAUUAGUAAAAUGAUUUCGUUUUGAAUUUCGUGUUAAGUACAGGUAGAGUUUAAUGUAACUUUCUCACUUAUAGUAAAACUUCAACGAUCCUUUCGUUACAAACGUGCUUGAAGCACUUUUCCUAACAUCUUAAGCAAUCUGUCUUUGACCCCUGGCAGUGCUCAUGAUUCAUCGAUCAUGAGCUGAAAAGUGUAAAAUAAUAUAUUUGAGUAGUAUGAAGCGAUUUUUUCCUUCUAAUUGAACCUUGUACCAAUGAGAAAAAAGAAGAAAAAAGAGAAAAAGAGAGAGAGAGAUAAAUGAAACCUUCUCGAACCGACCCAAUAAAACCAUUGACCGGUGGUAGUAAAGACCCUCGUUCCAUUAGACACUGAGCUGAAGGUUACUAACGCCCUUGUAGCUUGAUCAUGGUGAAUGCAAUGCACCGAUGAAAAGUUGAACCGCACGCAGGGGCAAAGACAUAAUUUCAAUUUCCACCAGUUCAUUCACCAAAUCCACUCCAUCUGUUAGUGUGUACACUGUAACACACCGAAGCAUAAUUGUUUGUCCCCACCAAGCCGGGGGGCUCAAAACGCAAUAGAAGUCUCCCUCUCUUCUCGUAUGCUGUCAAUCUGAAAGGCGUUAAGGAGGGAGAUGUUAGUAAUAUAAAAGAAGUAGAAAUGGAUUUUUUGGACGUUUAGUCCAUGAUCAUUUCUUCAGUUCGCUACACAAGGCAUAGUGUAACUACAGUUAGUUUUGUAAACGAUCACCAUAAUGCACCGUCAAAUUGGAAGAUUUUGCGCGCUAGCGUUGGUCGCUUGUAUGCUAGCGUUUCUCUCAACGACGGAAGCAUUUCCCGACGGUGCUCCGGCCGAUACUUGUGUAAAAAGCCGUACCAACGAGCCUAACCAUGGUGCAGCACGCAGUCAAAGUUUGGGAACGCUACCCUAUCAGGUGACGGCGAGUGGCAAUGUGUACGGUCCCGGUACCCAGAUUCAGGUCACGAUACAUGGCCACCAGGACGUGUUCCGAGGAUUUUUCCUGCAGGCACGCGACGCGCAGACAAACGAAUGGAUCGGUUCGUGGUACGAGACGCCAAACACGAAAACCAUCCCAGAGUGUUCAUCGGUGACGCACGCUGACAAUCGGGACAAGGAACAGGCUACCUUCGUUUGGCAGGCUCCAAAGGAUCGCCAAGGGCAGGUGUACUUUACCGGUACAAUCGUGAAAAAUUACGGUACAUACUGGGCUAGUGUGAUCGCUGCUGUACCGGGUGCAGUGGGACGCCAUCUCUGAGCAGGUGAAGUAUGCAGGACGGAAAAGAGAUGCUGAAGGGGAACACCUUACUGCGUUUGUAAAUAUACCGUACACUAAAACAUGA